AUGGCGGGAAGCAACCCACAUAGGCGAAGCCUUGAUCUCUUCAAUGUCGAUCAACAAGCAGUAGGGAAUCUCGACCUAACUUUCCAAGAAACUCUUCCAAGCAGUGCUAGCAACGUACGUUACGUCGGCCUCCCUACUCACCUUUCGAUUUUCAGCGAUACGCACUCAAUCUCAGAAAGUGUCCUAGCCUAUCGGGUAGAAAAUGGCAGAACGUAUCACGCCUACAAGGACGGAUGGUACCUGCUUCCGAACGACGCCGAAGAGAUAGAGCGGCUGCGCCUCACGCACGAUAUCGUAAGGCGGGCAAUGGGGAACCGCUCUCACUUGGCGCCAUGGACCAGAGAUCACUUCCCGCGGCGCGUGCUCGAUGUCGGCACUGGGACCGGGGACUGGUGUUUUGACUUUGCUGAGGAGUUCCCCCAGACAGAGCUGAUCAUAGGGACGGACCUGUCGAACAUCCAGCCUGACGUGGGGCCACCAAAUGUCCAGUUCAUCAUCGACGAUUCGUCACAGGAGUGGCUCGACGAUGACCUGGAUUACGUCCACACACGAGACACCAAUGGCUGUUGGGAGAAUAUGAGCGCACAAGUAAUCCAGCAAGCCUUCCAAAAGUUGAACCCAGGUGGCUGGCUAGAAAGUCAGGAAUUUGACAUUGUUCUCCGAUGCGACGACGGGACCGCCCCAGCCGAUCAUGGACUCAGACUCUGGCUGUCGGAGCUGGACCGCAUAAGUCGGAUAGCAGGGAAGCCCUGCACCAUCACCCCGUGGCUAAAGUCGUGGUACGAAGAGGCCGGAUUCGUCGACGUGCACGAGGAGAUAUUCAGAAUACCGACUUGCGGAUGGCCUGAAGACCCAGAAGAGAAGUGGGUCGGGACGUGGAUGGAGGAAAUGCUGAACAGUGGCAUUGACGGCAUCCUUCGGGCAUACCAGUUGAGGGUGGCUGGGCUGACUAUGGAACAGCAUCAGGUAUGUAGCACAGUCCCUAGGAAUUUGCACACGGCUGCAGCUCUUAUCCCAGUCCGGAGAGACCUAAGGAACCGGGAUUAUCACACGUACAUGAAUUUCCAUGUCGUUUACGGGCGGAAGCCGGACACGGACACAAACCAGGCUUUAGGGAGGAUUCCAGAUCCCACAGGACGAGAAGAACAAUAA